AUGUACAUCUUCAAGUACGAAGCCAAGCGGCGCCUCUUCGCUCACGUGGAUGAGUCAGGGCUGGUUAGCUUUGAGGAUUUGGAAACUCUCAAGAAGGCGCUCCAUGAUCCUGCCAGCUAUCGAGCACACACUGGAGGGCGUCCAUUUGGCAAGUCUCCAGACUUGAAGGAGGGCCAUCUGGAUCCCAGCACAGCGCAGGUGGCUGCAUCGGACAUGACUUGGCUAGGAGCGCUUUCGCCAGUGGCCCAGCAUGCCUUCAAGUUCAUCUCUGACUUCAUCUAUGGGACAACCUAUGACGCAGCUAUCAGGAAUGGGCUCCGAUACAACCACAAAAUCGAUGAUGUCUUGAAACAUCAAGAUGUGGAGCCAGAGUGGAAGAAAGUCAUCUCACCUGAAGACAGCAAGGAGAAUGAAACCAAACCGCAGGAUCUCUCUGAGGAGCAAAAGUUGGAGAGCAGUGACUUCGCUAUGAUCUUGAGAAUGCAGCCACCUGGGGCAGAAGAGAAGAUCCUUGGCAUGGAGAAGCAAGAGCAAGACAUCUUGAAGGAUGCUCAGAAGGACGACGCUCAGGACUUGGUGCAGCGUUCUUUGUUCACUGUGGACGGCAAUGGCAGUCUGGUGUCGCUGGCCAAAAAUCUUCGUGGCUGUUCCUUUGCGUCGCUGAAAGGUGAUGUUGAGAAGAGCACACUGCACAUCUACAAUGUGGACGCAUCUGGGGAGAACGCCAAUGGCCGAAGGUUUCUUUUCUUGGAUUCCGGCAGAGAAGGGCUCUGGGGGCACUUCAACUCAGCAUUCCCUGGCAAGAUCUUGGCCAAAAAGUUUUACAUCAAUUAUACCCAGCAGUCGGUCAAGAAAUGGCGCGACGAACGCUGUCCGAGCGGAAGCUCGCUUGGUCGAGGAGUGCUCAACCUUUCCUGCCUCGAGGCUUGUUUGAUCGCCGCAGGGAAGAAUUUGCCCUCCAUCAUUGGCAAUCGCGACAACAAGUACCAUGGUGGAUCAUGUGAAGUCAACGUGAUCAGUGGAGUGUCGAAGGUGAACCCGUCAGCUUUGACAAAGAUAGCCACGAGCGUAAAGCUCUCAAUGUUGGCUGACAGCCAAGUGAAAGAUUCUGCCCGAUCCAGGGCGACGGCUCGCGAUGACGGACACGAUCGUGAGCCCAUGGCAUGGGCCCCGUUGGGACAUGGAUUGAUGAGCGAGUUGGUCCACCGCUUUCGACCAAAAAGUGUCACACUCUUUUGCGCCAGUGACCCGGUGGAGAUCCUGCCCAUUUUGGAAUGCAAGAUUCCAGUGGUUGCCUUCUGCCAUUCAGAUGAGCAUGCCACCUGGUUCCGCAAGGUUGCCUCGAGCUGUGUGUUCAAGUCCUUCAUCAAUCCGCAGAGCAAGCUGUACAAACCAGAAGUUGCAAAGCUUCUUGUGAGCGAGGAUGGUGAAGGUGGCUGUGAGGAGGAGGACCGGCCUUCCAAUGAAGAUGGUGGUAAGGGAAGGGGCGCCGGCGGAGGUGAGAAAGCAUCCAUGUAUGAGCCUACUGUGAUGGAGGCCUGGACUGGGGUGUUUUAUUCCGUGAUCAAGUAA